AUGUCUCUCACCUCCAAAGUCAUCCUCGUCACCGGCUCCGCGGCCGGUCUUGGCCGCGCCAUCGCCGAAGCCCUCCUCUCCCGUGGCGCCAGCGUCACCAUCUGCGACAUCAACCCAUCCCGCCUCGCCACCACCAAAUCCGAGCUCUCAGACAAACAUUCUUCCGACCGCGUCCUCGCCCUCGGGGCCAACGUCGCCGACGAAGAGUCCGUCAAGGUCCUGAUCGAACAGUCCGUAGCCCACUUCGGCCGCCUCGACAUCGUCAUCAACAACGCCGGCAUCAUGGACAAGUUCGACCCCAUCGGCGACUGCGACAAGAAAACGUGGGAUAACAUCCUCGCCGUCAACCUCACCGGAUCCUUCCUCGUCACAAAGUACGCCCUGCCGCACCUGCAGGCCAGCGUAGAGGAAGCCGGCAAGCCAGGCAGCCUCAUCAUCAACAUCGGCUCCACGGCCUCCUUCUCGGGCCUCACUGCUGGCGCAGCUUACACUGCGUCCAAGCACGGGCUCGUUGCGCUGACCAAGCACACGGCGGGCUUCUAUGGCCCCAAGGGCAUCUACUCGGUUGCGCUGCAGCCGGGCGGCAUGAACGAGACCAACAUCAGCGAUGCCUUCGCCGCGGGCAUGAACGUCGAUGGCUUCAAGGCCGUCAAGGCGGCGCAUCCCCAGAUGAACAACGUGCCAGUCGACAAUGUAGCACGAUACGUGGCGUUCUUGAGCGAGGAUGGCAUCGGCCAGAGUGCCAACGGGAGCUGCAUCGCCUUCACCGGUAACUGGCCCGAGGCCUAG